AUGGCCCCUCCACCAGUGUUCCCGCAGCGUGAUGCUCCGUUCAGCCGCUUCGCUUCUCGACGAAGUGUUGUUCACAGCACUGAGGGUAUGAUUGCCUGCUCACAACCACUGGCGGCAAAGUGCGGCCUUGAGGUGCUCAGAGCAGGCGGCAAUGCUGCAGAUGCCGCUGUAGCCGUGGCUGCUGGCCUCAACAUGACCGAGCCUUGCUCUACCGGCAUCGGCGGCGACAUGUUUAUACUCUUCUACGACGCGGCCACCAAGAAAGUCAAGGCCAUGAAUGGCUCGGGACGGGCCUCGGCAAACAGCACGCUGGAGCGUGUCCGCAGCGAAUUGGGCCUGAAAGAAGACGAGUUCGGCAUCCCAGAGCUCAGCAUCCACAGCGUCACGGUGCCAGGUGCGGCUGCCGGCUGGGUUGAUACAGUGGAGCGUUUUGGCAGCGGCAAAAUCGACUUGUCACAGAUUUUGGCUCCGGCUAUCCAGCUCGGCGAGAAAGGAUUCCCCGUGUCGCAAAUCACUGCCCGUAGUUGGGGAGUAUCGGAGCAGAAGAUUCGUGAUGCAUCUCCCAACUUUGCAGAGAUACUCAAGCAUGAUCCUGCUGCUGAGGGCGGUGUCCGUGCCCCCGAAGCUGGAGAGAUUAUGAAGAACCCGAACCUUGCUCGCACGUUCCGCACUCUUGCUGAAGAAGGCAAGAAGGGCUUCUAUACCGGCAGAAUCGCUGAGGAGAUCGUAAAGGUCGUCCAGGACCGUGGCGGCUUGUUGGAUCUUGACGACCUCAAGCACCACCUCGAAACUGGUAGUGAGCCUGUGGAACCGAUCUCGCUCAAGUUCCGUGGUCAGGGCUCCGAGGGUGUGGAACUCUGGGAGCACCCUCCAAACGGCCAAGGUAUCGUUGCACUCAUGGCCCUAGGUAUCAUGGAACAGCUGGAGAAGCAGGGUAAGAUCCCCGUCUUUAAGCCAGAGGACUUCAACUCCGUUCCGUAUCUCCAUGCUGUUAUCGAGAGUCUGCGUCUUGCCUUUGCAGAUGGCACCUGGUAUGUCACGGAUCCCAACGUGACAAAGGUCCCUACUGAGGGCCUCAUCUCCGAACAGUAUUUGGCUGAGCGAGCCAAGCUUUUUGAUCCUUCCAAAGUGAUUGAAAACAUGCAACACGGCAAGCCCGAGUUUAUCUCACCUGCCCUGUCGAGCAGUGACACCGUCUAUUUCUGUGUCACUGAUGCGGACGGUAACGCAGCUUCGUUUAUCAAUUCCAACUACAAGGGCUUUGGAACCUGUGCUGUCCCCAAGGGCUGCGGCUUCACCCUCCAGAACCGCGGUGCCAACUUCUCUCUUGAUGCACGCCACCCCAACAAGCUGGAGCCUCGCAAGCGUCCUUAUCAUACGAUUAUCCCUGGCAUGGUCACCAACAUUGGGGAUGGCUCUCUGCACUCGGCCUAUGGUGUUAUGGGUGCAUUUAUGCAGCCCCAAGGACACUUGCAGGUCUUGCUCGGUCAGAUUGUUGGCAAACUGAACCCGCAGGAAGCGCUGGACGCCCCGCGAGUCUGCAUUGGUGCUAGUUACCCCAUCCCAGGAAAAGCUAUGACGUGGGAGGUUAGUAUAGAGGAGGGAUUGCCUGAAGAGACCGCAGAGGGCCUCAAGAAACUAGGCCAUAAUGUCACCAUAGUUAGAAACCAUCGCCGUAGCUUGUUUGGAAAGGGCCAAAUCAUCCGAAGCAGUACAGACCCCGUGGACAACAUGCAUGUCUGGUCGGCUGGAAGUGAUUUGCGUGGUGAUGGUGCCGCUUAUCCCUUGUAG